CGGCAUUUCAAAAACGCCGGCUGGCGGGUGCUUGUGUGUGAUCAGGUCUUGUCUAGUAUGAUCGAAACUUUAAUGUUAACAGGUGGUCUAGACUAUUUCUUGAACAGAAUUCGAAUAAUACAGCCACCUAUUUAAUUAAUGGGACUCUCAUUUUAAAUUAUUGGACUAAAUUAUAGUGAAUUCGUGUGAAAACUUAACCGAUGAGCUUUUAAAAGCGAAGGAUUUUUCUUCAAAAUCGUGCUGAACGAAAAGUAUAAACAUGGCACUUUGGAAGAUAAUGACAGUUGCGUUCGCAACAUCAAUUAUCGCCGAGGCCAAAUAUUACCAACAUCAGAAACGCGAAGCCACUUCUAACAUAUGCGAUCCCGUGUACAAUAACACCAACCACGUGCAGUGUUACUGUGUCAUGGACCACACCGCCGAUAUGGUCCGGAGCGCCAGCUGCCACCUCACCAAGAAACAAGUGCAGCCCGAUGAUGCCAGCUGGAAUAGCUUUGAAAUAUUAAAAAACAUCAACAAAUUGACUUUCGCUAACACAAGGGGCAUCCCCCUUACUUAUAUCCCCACAAAGGCGAUAAAACUCAUGCCAAAAUUAGUAAAAGUCGACAUAAAGUAUGGAAACAUCGAAAAAAUAGACGCCUACGCAUUCGCGAAUUUGAGCCUUAUUGAAGAAGUCGUUAUGAGCGACAAUCAAAUAAAAGCGCUGGAAGUGAAGGCUUUUGCUAAUCACAGGGAAUUAAUAAGUAUUGGUUUAGAUACAAACAACAUCGUCGAAAUCUAUAGAGACGUCUUUGUUAAUCUGCCAUCUUUAGAAAAACUUUUUUUUACGAACAAUAAAAUAACGACAAUACACGACAGAGCGUUUGUUCAUUUAAUUAAUUUGAGAGAGUUGGAAAUCGACAGAAAUAGUAUAUUUAGCUUGAACAGCGACACAUUUUCAGGGUUGAGAAAUUUACAAAAACUAGAUCUCAGUGGCAAUCUUCUUGAGGUUAUCGGAGACAAUACAUUUUUGCCACUCACAAGUCUCAAAUCUUUGAAUUUAGAACAAAACAAAAUUCAAAUGCUUGAUGAAAGAGCCUUCAAUGGUCUAGGGCAGUUAAACGCUUUAACUUUGGCACACAACAAGCUCACGACUAUUGAAAACAAAAACACGUUUAAAGGAAUGAACUCACUGUCGAUGCUGAGUUUAAAGAGUAACCAGCUCACUGAAUUGAAACCACAAGUAAUGGAACCGAUAUUAAAUAACUUUUACAGCAAUGUUAGCAACUUGGACGUGGAAGAUAAUAACUUCCCUUGCGAUUGCCGCCUCGAUUGGUUCGUCAAAUUAAUAAAUAAUACACAAAGUAAUCAUCUAAAACUCGCAACGGAGAAUUUAAAAUGUGUUCCUGACGCAAACCUGAGAGAAUUGUGGGCCAAAACAGAAGAAACGGAAAAGAGUGGAGGUCAAGUGUUUGAAGACGAAGAAUCUCAAGUACAAAACACAGACUACGAAUACUAUGACGAAAGUCAACUUAAUGGAAAACUCUUUUACAUUGAUGUUAGGGAUUUAGCAAACUGCACUAAUGCUAGUCGUCAUGUAAAGAAAAACGAAGAAACGAAACCGAUAGCUGUAGAAACAACCACCAAAGCAAUUUCUAGUCCAGUAACGACACCGAAACCCACACCUCCAAGUAAAGUUGAAAGUAUUUUAAGGUCCAAAUUAAAUAAACAAACUCUCGUCGAGACAACUACGAAAACUAACAAGGUCGAAGGAAAGACAAUAGAUGAUGAAACGAAGAAUAAAGAAUCGUUUACAACAGUACGACUUGCUACUGUUUCAGCUAAACCAUUGGAGCACAAUAUUUAUGACCAGAACAUGGCCGAUGAGGCCAGACCCGACAAAAUUAAAGCCCACAGAAGCAUUCAAGAUGACGUGAAAAAUACUCCUCAAUUGAAUUACAACGAUGCUUGUAGAAACAUGAACAGUGUGGCGUUAGUAGUCAUGAUAAUCAGCUUUAGAUUAUAUUUUUAUUGAAUCACUAAUAUAUUAGCUCGUUAGUUUGUAAUAAACACUCUCUUACAGUCAUUAAAGUAAAUAGUUUUAAGAUAAA